AUGUUUUUAUUUCUGAGCCAUUUUCGACAACAGGUGAACGAAUUGGAGGGAUCACCUCCCUUGCCAAUUGUUGCCCAUUUCCAUGAGUGGCUAUCAGGUGUUGGCCUCAUCCUUGCUCGGACUCGCCAUAUCGAUGUCGCCACGAUCUUCACUACACAUGCCACGUUGCUAGGUCGUUAUCUCUGUGCCUCUUCAGCUGAUCUCUACAACAAUCUGGAUAACUUUGAUUUGGACAAGUCGAAGGACUCAUGUCCCUUUUGA